UGUGCAGUGUGUCCACAUGUGUUCCACUGGAGUGCUCUGAAGUAUAUGUUGCUGAGGAGUUAGAGAGCCGAAGCCGCCUCCAGACUGAAAAAAUAAGUAUGGGGCUGUUGUUGACGCCGUUGUUCCCCACAGUCCUGUGCCUCCUCGUCAGCCUCAGGGUGGCUUUGACUCUGCCCCCUACAGCUGCACCUCUGGUGCCAGACAAACCCUUCGUGGUGAUAUGGAAUGCACCCACUCAUAAAUGCAAACAAUCUGCUAGCCCUUUAGACAUGUCAGCGAUGCAGGCAGACACCACGCCGGCUGCUGUGCCUAAUCAGUUCCUGACUCUGUUUUACAAGAAGCGGAUCGGAGCGUACCCUUACACGGACGUAAAGACCGCGAAGGAGUACAAUGGAGGCAUUCCCCAAAAGGGCAAUCUUACAGCUCAUUUGAUGCAGGCCCGAGCAGACAUCGCAAAACACAUUCCUGAGCUGACGACACCUGGCCUGGCUGUGAUCGACUGGGAGGAGUGGUUACCCCUUUUUGACAGAAACCUGGACGAAAAACAACUGUACCGUAACCUGGCCUUGAACUACACAGUCAACUUGAACCCCUUACUUAUCUCAGACCAAGCUGUUCCAGAGGCUAAACAACAGUUCCAGAAGGCAGCCAGGAGUUACAUGGAAGAGACUCUGAGUGUGGCCACCAGUGAAAGGCCACUGUACAGGUGGGGGUUCUAUCUGUUUCCAGACUGCUACAACUACAACACAUCGGAGCCAGGCUACACAGGAAGCUGCUCCGAAACAACCAAGCAGCUGAACGAUGAGCUCCUGUGGCUGUGGAACAGCAGCACAGCUCUCUUCCCCUCAGCCUACCUGUGGACGGCCCUCAGCGGAGACCACAAGGCUGCUCUGUUUGUCCGUAAUCAAGUGCAGGAGGCCCUGCGUGUGUCAGCUCUCCCCAAGCGCCCCUACACAGCACCAGUCUACCUCUACGCUCGGCCUGUCUUCGGAGAUCAAAACCAGAUCUACCUCAGUGAGAUGGACCUCGUGAGGAGUGUUGGAGAGAGCGCAGCCCUGGGGGCUUCCGGAGCCGUGCUGUGGGGUUCCAGCGUUGACUUUGCUAGUAAGGAGUCAUGUGAGGCCCUAUCGUCAUACCUGAAUGCCACACUGAACCCUUACAUCGCCAACGUCACAGGCGCGGCCAGACUGUGCAGCAGCAUGCUCUGUGAGGGCAAGGGCCGCUGUGUGCGGAAGAACUCCGACUCCGACGACUACCUGCAUCUCAACCCCCAGAGCUUCCGCACGGAGAAGAGGGACGGGAGAUACCGGAGCGCCGGGGUACCCACACUCAGUGACCUCACGGCCUUGGCUGACAAGUUCACCUGCCAGUGCUAUGAGGGUCAGCAGUGCUCCGCUCAGAGCUCUUUCAUGAUUCCCGAGACUGAGAUGAUCUUUCAGGUGUAGUCCACCUCAAAGUGCCCAACAACUGUCCUUAUAGAAUACUUGUUUAGACAUUGUCAUCAACAUAUCAUGUUGUUUAAAUUCUCCAUACAAAACAGCUUUGUGAAUAAAAAACUCAAUGGUU